AACGGCCGCUGGAGAGUCACGUGACCGGUCCUCGGCGUCGGACAGUUGCUGCAGUUACGGGAACGGCAAGCGGCUGUUACAGGGCGCGAGCAGUACGCCGGUCUCUGGAGCUCAGCACAGAAAUGGAAUCUAAAAUGGCCACUGGGAGUCAUGAUGCUAUUUCUUCAGAAGAACUUCGGAGAAGACUUUAUCAAACAUUCAAAAGUCGGGGUGUCUUAGAUUCUUUAAAGUCUCAGCUUCGAAAUCAGCUUGUCCAUGAACUAACGCAUCCUGGUUUAAAUGGACUGUUACCUGUGAAUGGUCAUCGUCAUCAGAAUCCUUCCACAGAUGAAAGUUCUCUGUUGGUUAUGGCCGCAAAUAGCAUUGUAGCUGACCAUUUGCGAAAGAUUGGAUAUGAGUACUCACUGUCUGUCUUCUAUCCAGAAUGUGGCUUAGAAAAAGAAAAGGCAUUUACAGCAAAAGAUCUCCUGCAGGUUUUGAAGAUCAACCCCAGAUCAGAGCUUUACAAAUCCAUUAUUUCAAAUCUUGAAAAAAAUCAAAAAGGGUUUCUUAUUCAGUUUCUGAUGGAUCUGAUUGACUACCACCUAAGUCGAGCACAUCGGGAUGCAGAAACUCAAACCAGCUGUGCUUCAGAGUACACAGAAUCUAUUGUUGAUAAAUUUCAAAUGAUUGAUGAAGAAUAUGCAGCAUUUCAUCCAAUAAAUUUACAAGAGGACUUCUGGGAAACUAAACUCCUUGCAUAUCGUAAACAAGUAGAAGAACAACUUCAGGAAGAAAUGCGGCAAGAGUUGCAACACUUCAAGGAUCUGGAAUUGGCUAAGGUUCGGAUUCAGGAGAAAGAGCAUUCACAGAAGCAUAUAGAAGAGAUCCGAUUGAAGCUAGACAAAAUGUACCAGAAAAAGUCUGAGACAUUGAUUACAAGAGAGAAGAAUGCCAUUGAGAGACUUCAGAAACAGCAGGAGAUUGAAGAAAAAGAAAUCUAUAUACAGAGACAAAGUUUACUGAAAGAUAUUGAAGCAGUGCGAAAUAGAGAGGUUGAACUUAGACAACGAAUUGAAGCCUUUGAACUGACUCGGGAUUUGCAUGACCAAAAGAACAAGAGUUUAGAGGAGGAUCUCCGGAGACGGGAGCUUGCAGUGAAAAAUAUUGAGGAGACUUACGAGCAGAAGCUGAAAAAUGAACUGUGCAGGUAUCAACUGGAACUACAGGAAGAGCAUCGUAAAAGAAUGGAAAAGGUGGUAGCAAACGAGAAGAGAGUUGAAGUGGAGGCAGCUCGACUGCACGAGGAGUCUGUUAUUAUUCAUUCCAAAAGAGAGGAACUGCAAGAAGCUCGUGUUGAAGUUAAGAAGAUGGAGGUGGAAAUGAAUGCAGCCACAGCCCAAGUUUGUUUGUUAAUGAAGCAGAAUGAGCUGUUGAAUGAAAAGUUAAAGGAUGUAGCAGACUAUACAACGUUAAAGACAGAAAAUGUACAGCUUCAGACUGAGAUUACUAUACUGAGGAAACAACUUGAUGAAGUUCAUCAUGAAAAUCAGAAACUGCUUGAAAGGCUGAAUCAACCUUCUGCUGCUCAAUUAGCUCUUCAAACUGAAUUGAAGAAAGUAGAAUAUUCAAGAAAGCUUGACCAAGAUGAAUAUCAAAACCAAACACAGAGUCUGGAACAACAGCUACAGAAUGAGAUGGAGCAGUGCGCAAAGUUGAGAAGCCAACUUAUAGAGUAUGAGGAUCAAACUAGAAGAAUGAAUGGACAGGUUGAUGAUUUGAAACUUCAGCUGCGACAAACACAGUUGGCUUUAGAGAAUGAAGUUUACCGGAAUCCAAAACCCCCUCUGAUUGACCGGUCAAUCAUUGACCUCACUGCAGACAGAAUUGCACCACAUGAUGUUUAUGCAGAUGUUGGUUUACUUGGCAGUCGAGCAGCACCUGAAGAUCGUCUCUUUUAUCCAAUGUCUGCAACAUGUGCAAAUUACAGCAAGUUAACUGAAAAAACGUGUUCUUCACCAGAUUCAGACCAGGAUUUUGUAGCCGGAGCCAAGGCUCGAAUAAGGGAGUUAGAGAAAGAGUCUGAGAACCUAGAGGAAGCCUACAGAAACUACCAAAAUAGAAUUAUUCGAACCGCCAUUCAAAAAAGUUCAGAAGCUCAAGGUUUUUCUCCAGUGUCAGUUAACAAUAUUCUCAAUAGAAUUCCAUCCAGUCAUCAGCACAGAGUAACAUUUGCAGAAAAUGCCUUUACUUCUCAACAGCUACAGUUUACUACAAGAGGACAAAUACAUGAAGAAAAUCGCCAACACAUAACUAAAAUUGAAGAUCACCAAACUCCUACCAUAUCUCAGUUUACAUCUCCAAGACACUGUUCUUCAACACCUGUCAAGCAUAAACUUAAAUAUGAUGAAUCUAGCACAACUUCAGAAGGUAUCGAUAGUUCCUUCCCAGUCAUUAUUCCCAGUGUACCAGAUCAUCAAACAUCAAUUGUAAAUAAUGAACUCCAUGUUGUCAACAGUCCAAACUCUUCUCUACCUGGCACCAAUGAAAGAUCCGAAAAUAUUCCAAGAGACCGUCUUGUCAUUUGUGAAUCUUCAACAAAUCAAAGGUUUGAAGAAUCGAUUGAGCAAUCAGAUGACCGUUUUAAAAUUGAGCAAGAAGGCAAUCUAGCCCAUAACAAAAAUUUGUCCCAACAUCGGGAGGAAGAUCUUAAUAGAGGAUCUAAUUCUUCGCUAGACCAAGAAGCAAUGUUAACUCCUGCAGAUGCAGGUGCAGGUAAAUUCAAAAAUCCUGAAGAAGAGAAAGGCAGACAAGAUGAAAAGGGCAAAGGAGAAGAAGAAAAAUCAUGGGAAGAUCAGAGGCAAGGAAAUGGAGACAAACAGUGCCUGGGAAGACAGGAAGCAAAGGAAGGGGAACAAACAGAACUGGAAUUACUAGAAUUGGAAAAGGAGGAGAAGCGGAAGAUCGAGCCAAACGAAGAAAGAUCAAAGGAGCAGAGUUCAGAAGGUGUAGAAUUGCCAGCUUCAAGUACAGAUCCACUUGAAAAAUAUAUGAAGAUAAUUCAACAGCAGAAAAAAGAAGAACUGCAAGAACAGAGCUCUAAACAGGAAGUAGAAGAGAGUUCUUUACUCCAAACACUAUCGGAUGGGAAAGCUGGCAGUUCUGCAGCUUCACAUGAUGAGGAUGAUGACAAUUUCUGGUGAAAUACAUCCAAUUACAACACAGACCUAUCGCAGACCUACACUUGAAAUUUCCAUCGAUUUAUAUAAAUCUGUAAUUAUUAACUAUGUUCUGCCAAAAGACAAUUUUUAAAAUGCUUAAUUAGUCAGUAAAUACUGUUAUUAUA